AUGACCUUCCGUCCUCACCGCACGCCUAUGCACACACCGGCGCCGGUGGCAGCAGCAGCAGCAGUGGUGCCGGCAGCAGCAGUGUUGAGAGCAGCAGCAGCAGCAGCAGCAGCAGUGACGCAGGAAUUUCCGGGUGAUGGUGGGGGGAAUGGUGGUGGGGGAAGCGGUGGAGGUGGUGGGGAUGGUGGGGGUGAGGAAAAGGAUGGGCGUGUGCAGAGGGGUACAGAUGGGCGGAGUGAGGAUGAGAUGUGGGAUUAUCUGUGGACCCAACCCUGGGUUGCACGCACGUGCGCAAGGAGGCACGUGGCAGUGCAUGUGAGCGAGCGCGCACACCGCGUGGUUCAGCUCGCAAGAGACCCGCCUUAUGAUUGCCCGCGCGUGUACGGGAGGCACGUGGCAGUGCAUGUGAGGGCGCACCCAGCGUGGUUCAGCUCGCAGUACGGCACUGCGAUGGGCCUGCAGGGGCACCACCACUGCCCUCGCUGCAACCUCUCCUGCUCUGUCCGUGCUGCUGUACCUGCUGCUGCUGCUGCUGCUGCUGCUGCUGCUGCUGCUGCAGCCGCUGUGGCUUUGCUCUCUUGUUUGUCCCCUCAAGAGGAGGAGAGCUUUGCUCUCUCGUUUCCGUUCUUUGCCCUCUGCAGUUCUUUGCCCUCUGCAGUUCUUUGCCCUCUGCAGUUCUUUGCCCUCUGCAGUUCUUUGCCCUGUGCAGUUCUUUGCCCUGUGCAGUUCUUUGCCCUGUGCAGUUCUUUGCCCUGUGCAGUUCUUUGCCCUGUGCAGUUCUUUGCCCUGUGCAGUUCUUUGCCCUGUGCAGUUCUUUGCCCUGUGCAGUUCUUUGCCCUGUGCAGUUCUUUGCCCUGUGCAGUUCUUUGCCCUGUGCAGUUCUUUGCCCUGUGCAGUUCUUUGCCCUGUGCAGUUCUUUGCCCUGUGCAGUUCUUUGCCCUGUGCAGUUCUUUGCCCUGUGCAGUUCUUUGCCCUGUGCAGUUCUUUGCCCUGUGCAGUUCUUUGCCCUGUGCAGUUCUUUGCCCUCUGCAGUUCUUUGCCCUCUGCAGUUCUUUGCCCUCUGCAGUUCUUUGCCCUGUCUCUUGGGACCCUGCCACUGCUGCCACCGCUCAUGCCCAUCUGCAUGUGAGGGGCGCAGAGGCUAGCACUGCUGCUGCUGCUGCUGGUGGCGGUAGUGCUACUAAAAUUCUCUACUCUGUAACCUCAUUCCUCACACAUCCGCCUCCCCAUGCCUCCUCCUCCCCAUGCCCUCUUCUCCCCGUACCCCCUCCUCCCCAUACCCCUUCCUCCCCAUACCCCCUCCUCCCCAUACCCCCUCCUCCCCAUGCUUCCCGCUCCUCCCCAUGCCUCCUCCUCCUCUCCAUGCCUCACAACCAGCUGACCUACGUGGGCAUUAACGGCGACCUCACACGCCCUCACAUGCGCUCCGCUACCAAAAUGCAGUCCACUCCAACUCUCCACCUGGCUUCACGCUGCUCUCCCACAUGGCGCGAUGACCUGGCGACAGCUGUGCUGGCAGCACUGCCACGUCAUCACUCCUUUGGAGCCUGUCGCAACAACAUGCGGCCAAUCACAGAGCAGAAGGCACACCCUGGGUGCAGGUAUGACCCUUCUCCUUCCUUCCAUUGCCAUUCCCUCCCUCCAUCCCCAUUCCCUCCUUCCAACCCUCUUCCCUCCCUCCAUCCCUGUUCCUCACUCCAUUCCCUUUCCCUCCCACCAUCCCCUUUCCCUCUCCCCAUGCAUCAGAUCGGAUCCAGACACACGAUUCCCCUGCUGCGCGGGGAGGCGGGAGGCGCGCUGGCGCCGACGGAGACGAUUCCCCUGCUGCGCGGGGAGGCGGGAAUGGAGAAAGAAUGGGAGAGGGACUGCCGAGGAGGGGAGAGCGAUGCGGUGCUGAAGAAGGAGGCAGGUUUCACAGGAAAGAGGAAGGGAGUGGAGGCGCGAGGAGGACAGGCGAGGCAGGAGAGAAGGUGUGCGGUCACCAGAGGUCUCGAGGGCAGCAGAGAAGGAGCGACAGCGAGAGGACAGAGUGCGGCGGUACCAGGAGCGGUCCCCUGCAAGGGGAGAGAAGCGUCGGGAAGAUCCAGAGAGGCGUUGGGAGGAGCGUGA